UUUAGUUAAGGUUUGUGACGAUUAUAUAGUUCUGUCCAUUCAUUUCUUCAGCUAGUAAAUUCUAGAAUUGGAUAGAACAGAAUCCCUAACAGUGCGUGCUACGUAAGGAACCCGAUUCAAAUGCUUCAUCAUUAUUCUUAUUAUUGUGGUGUAUAUAUUUAUACAUACAUACUCAGAAUGUAUGAAUAAAUUCAACAAAACCACUUGUUCUUGCAUAGUUACUUACAUAUUGCACCUUAGUAAAGUAAAAAAUAGCAUUAUAACAUUGACGAUUGAAGAAGUUGCAUAGGGAAAAAGAAGAUCAAUGGCUCAAAUUCCAGAGAAGCAAGUGAUGGUGGUUGCCAUCGACGACAGCGAUUAUAGUACCUACGCUCUUGAAUGGACUUUGGAUCAUUUGGUUACACCAUUAACAAAUCCAAUCUUCAAACUUGUUCUUGUUCAUGCAAAACCUUCUGUUAGUGCUAGUGUUGGAUUCGUUGGACCUGGAGCUGCUGAGGUGCUGCCUAUUGUGGAUGCCGACUUGAAAAGAACUGCUGUGUUGGUUAUUGAACGAGCGAGAGAAAUCUGCACCAAAAGAUCGGUAAAAGACAUAUUUGUGGAAACCGUGGAAGGUGAUCCUAGAAAUGUUCUUUGUGAUGCUGUGGAGAAGCACCAUGCUUCAAUAUUGGUUGUUGGUAGUCAUGGUUAUGGAACUUUAAAAAGGGCGGUUUUAGGCAGUGUGAGUGACUAUUGUGCUCAUCAUGCUCAUUGCACUGUGAUGAUUGUGAAGAAGCCAAAAACCAAACAUUGAUCUCAUUGGCUCUCUGCAUCUACAUUAUCCUAUACUAUAGCAAUAAGAAUAAAGCUUUUCAUCAAAAGAAAACAUGAAUUCCUUUAAAAAAAUUAUUAUGUUGUUUAUUCAAUGUCAUGUUGACUCUAUAGAAUAAGUUUCAUUUCACUUUCUUAUUAUAAUCAAAACACUAAAAUAGUUUGUAAAUGUGAAUGUUCUGCCACUUAUGUGCUUAAAUCAACAAUGUGUGUAUGGUGAUUCUACCAAA